CUGAGGGAAGCUCAAGCUGUGCAACACCAGCCAACAAAGCAAGGGUUUUAGCAAAUACUGACGAUCCUUUGAAACCGACCCAACAAAACGUCAAGCCGUGAGCUGAAAGCCUAAAACCCUCUUCAAAAAGCAAUCGGAGAGAUAUCAAAGAAACCCUUUUCGAGUUCUAUUUGCUUCCACUCUCGAUUUAAUCACUUUAAUGGCCGGAAGGGCUGCGACAUCGUCGGCCAAAUGGGCGAGAGAGUUUUUGUUCAGAAGGGUCUCGUCGAAUCCUCUUGGAGCGAUUCGAAACUGUUCUUCAGGUCCUGGAGCUUCCCCUGCACCUAAAGUCCCUCAUUUUUCCAAGAAAGGAAGGAUAUUGACGGGAGCAACAAUUGGUCUGGCCAUAGCUGGAGGAGCUUAUGUGAGUACUGCAGAUGAAGCAACCUUCUGUGGGUGGCUGUUCUCAGCAACAAAGGUUGUGAAUCCUCUCUUUGCUCUUCUUGAUGCUGAGUUCGCGCAUAAGCUGGCUGUUUCGGCUGCUGCUCGCGGUUGGGUGCCUAGAGAAAAGAGGCCUGAUCCACAAAUCUUGGGACUUGAAGUUUGGGGAAGGAAAUUCUCAAACCCAAUUGGGCUUGCUGCUGGAUUUGACAAAAACGCUGAGGCUACAGAGGGAUUGCUAGCACUUGGAUUUGGAUUUGUUGAGGUAGGCUCCGUAACACCAGUUCCACAAGAAGGCAACCCGAAACCACGCAUCUUCAGAUUACGCGAAGAUGGAGCCAUUAUCAAUAGGUGUGGAUUUAACAGUGAAGGGAUUGUUGUGGUUGCAAAGCGGUUGGGUGCUCAACAUGGUAAGAGAAUGUUGGCGGAGACAUCAGCCACUUCGUCAUCUCCAAGCGAUGAAGUUAAACCUGGGGGCAAAUCUGGACCUGGUAUACUUGGGGUCAACCUUGGAAAGAACAAGACAAGUGAAGAUGCAGCUGCUGACUAUGUCCAGGGAGUUCAUAACUUGUCACAGUACGCUGAUUACUUGGUAAUCAAUGUUUCAUCACCCAAUACAGCAGGACUGCGUAUGCUUCAGGGAAGGAAACAGUUGAAGGACCUUGUUGCUCUUGCUCUCCACUUGGAUGGUCUGAUUAUAUCAAACACAACAGUCUCGAGGCCAGAUCCUGUAAGCAACAACCCCGUGGCAGCAGAAACAGGUGGUUUGAGCGGGAAACCGCUCUUUCCUCUCUCCACCAACAUGUUGAGAGAGAUGUACACUUUGACACGAGGAAAGAUUCCACUGAUAGGCUGUGGCGGUGUUAGCAGUGGUGAGGAUGCUUACAAGAAAAUAAGAGCCGGAGCGACUCUUGUUCAGCUGUACACAGGGUUUGCCUAUGGAGGACCCGCCCUCAUCCCACAAAUAAAGGAGGAACUUGUGAGUUGCUUAGAAAGGGAUGGGUUCAAGUCGAUCCAAGAAGCAAUUGGUGCGGAUCACAGAUGAUAAAUCACGAAGAACAACAAUACGCAGAGAGGAGGGAUUCCUUUUCUUAAACAACAACAACAACAAAAAGUUGUAUUUAGUUUCAUUGAUUCAGCUGUUUCUUUCUCCAGACAGUAACAUCAUGGCUUUUGUCUCUUCUCUCUCUCGUUUUAUGAGAAAUAACUAGAAACACUUUUUUCUCAUAGUCGCUAGUUCAAUCACUUGUUUUCCUAGAAAGCUUUUUUAGCACACAUAAAACACAGCAUAACAAUAACAUCAUGGCUCGUUUUAUGAGAAACUAGCAACACUUUUUCCACAAAGUCACUAGUUUUAUCAUUUGUUUUCUUAGAAUUACAGCACAAGUUCUUCUAGCACACAGUACACAGCCCGACUGAAGAUCAUACGAGUCAUAACAAAACUGAUUAGACAAAACAAUUUGCAAUCUCAAAAAAAGUGUCACUAGGAAAGACAAAUUUUCACGACUUGGUUGCAGCCUGUAACUGUCUAACUUUGCCCUGCAACACCAUCGUUGCUUCAUCUGCCACGCUUUUCUUUUUUGCCGCCACCUGCAAAAGUUGGUCAAAGUUCGAUUUCAACAAGUUGAUCUUCCUCAGACAAUAGUCUUUGCCGUCCUCCAUUGUUUUCUACAAACCACACAAAAAUGCACAAAACACAUUGAAAAACACCAUCAUCAAGUGUCCCAGGCACGUAGAGAGAGGCAGUGAGUGGUACAAGCAUCUUCUUACCUAUAUAUAUAAGAGAGAUCGUUGAGAGCUGCGGCGGCGGAUUCGAGGCGGACGUUGGCUGUGCGGAUGUUGUUAAGACUGUCCUGGAGGAGAUUUACUUCCAGAUCCGCUUGCUCCUUCAACGUUUUCAGCUGUUCGAUUCCCAUCUUCUCCAUCUCCCCUCUCGACGAUGAUGACGCCAUUCUCUCUUUCUCUCUCUCUCUCUCUCUCUCUCUCUCUCUCUCUCUCUCUCUCUCAGCCGCGUCCUCCGAGUUCCUGAACUCUGCGCCGAAAGCACUCUCCGCUUCCAGACAAUGUGUGGCCCAUUAAGUUGAGUAAGCGUCAGAGAUGAAGUCUGGCCCAUUAAUUCCGGUACAUAGGCCCAUAUUUGUUUAUU